AUGUUUAAGCCUACUGCGAGAUUAAAGGACAUUCUGUUGAGAUUUGGCGUGGAAAACAAAUAUCUAAGCAAUACAAGCAUCUUUGAGCACUCAAAGAAAUACUACUCUAUUGCUGAAAAUCAUUUGCCUCAAGAGAUAGACAUAUAUUCCCUUGAAACACUGGGUAAUUGGAAUGUCAACGGAGCUUGGAGUAGACCAUUCACAAGUCAUCCAAAGAAAGCCCCUGGAAGUGGCGAACUUGUUACAAUGGGGAUAUAUCCAAGAAAACCUUACUUUGAACUAGGAGUCAUUUCAGCUGAUGGCAUGAAAAUGGUACACAAAGUGGAUCUUAAGUUCAAUAGGUGCACCUUAUGCCAUGACAUAGGAGUUACACAAAGGUACAAUGUGAUCAUAGAUUUUCCACUAACUAUUGACAUAAAUCGCCUCAUUAGGGGAGACUCAUUGAUCAAAUAUGAUAAAGAUGGAUAUGCGCGGAUUGGAGUAAUGCCACGCUAUGGUGAUGCUAAUUCCGUUAGAUGGUUUGGUGUUCAACCAAGUUGUGUAUUUCACUUAAUAAAUUGUUUCGAAGAGGAUGAUGAGGUGGUUGUACGGGGAUGCAAAGCUCGUGAAUCUGUAUUACCUAGACCUGGUUCCAAAGUCAAAGAAUUCGAGAGAUUUUCCAAAGGGUCUGAAGAGACAAGUUCCACAAAAAUAAAUAAUGAAUCCUUAGAAGAAUCGUUCUUUUAUCGUGUUUGUGAAUGGAGACUAAACAUGAGAACAGGGGAAGUAAAGGAGAAAAAUGUCAUAACCAACUUCUUUAUGGAAUUCCCUAUGAUCAAUGAAAAGUUCAUUGGUCUAAAAAACAAUUUUUGUUAUCUACAAGUGGUAAACAAUGAAGUUAGCUCCAUUUCAGAUGGAUUAGUUAAAUAUAGAGGGCUUGCCAAACUUCAAUUUGAAGAAGAUGUGGAAUUGAUUAAAGUUGAGUAUCAUAUGUUGCCAGAGGGUAAUUUUUGUAGUGGAACAACCUUUGUCCCAAAGCCUCAAGGUGUUGAUGAGGAUGAUGGUUGGCUGGUGACAUUCACACACAAUGAAAAUACAAAUGUAUCUCAAGUAUAUAUAGUUGAUGCAAAAAACUUUGCAACACACCCUAUUGCCACAAUCACAUUACCAAGUAGAGUGCCUUAUGGAUUUCAUGGAGCUUUCAUGCCUUUAUAGCCUAGUGC